AUGGCUCGACGCUUGGAUGCGAAUCCACCAUUUGGCACAUCGUCAUCCACCAGAAUUGACCACGCUUACGUACCGACCCAUCCAGCUCCACUUGCUACAGCUGAGAACGGGCUUGGAAGUGUUGGAGGUGGAAAUUCCUCUUAUUCAUCGAGUCAUGUGGUUCAUGAGAGAUUCCGCCAAAUUGUGAGUGGAGAUGGUCCAGCUACGAAUGACGGAAGCUGGCAAACAAGCGAAACGACCACACGCACUUUUGAUGGACCAGGUGGUGUGCAGAAGCAGUCCGUAACACUUCAUUUAUCUUCAUAA